GCCCGGCCAGGCCCCCAGGGGCCCUGCAGGUCUCCCCGAACACGCACGAAGCCGCCAGGAGGUGGCUCGCAGCCUUCGCGCCGGCAGCCGCCGCAGGGAAGAGCUCGUUCCUCGCCGGCUUCGGCCUGGGCUUCCUGACGUUCGCGCUGAAGAAGCUGCUGCUGCCCUUCUUCAUCGGCGCGCAGAUCGUCAAGUCGGUGCUGAUCGCCAUGUUCCUGCCCAGCCUGCUGGGCGGCCUGGGCAAGGUGGUGGGCAAGGGCGUGUCCACGCUCGCCUCGUCCUCGGGCUCUUCGGGGCCCUCGGGCGGCCACGACGCCGGAGCCGCCGGAGGAGGAGGCGUCGACGACUUCGAGUUCAAGGACAACCUCGACUCGGAGGCCGCCAUGUCGGAGACGUCCUUCACGUACCCGGAGCCGGCCUUCUCCGGGGUCACAUACGCCGCGGGCGGGGGCCUGCCCCCGGGCACCCUGCCCGCCUCCAGCCUCUACGCGUCCAGGAACCCGCCGCACGGCGCCAGCAGCAAGGUGAGCUACGUGUCGCCGGCCAACACGCACCACUACGGCAGCUACUACACGCGCUACAGCUCGCCCAAGCAGGACUACAAGGUGUUCCACAACAUCCCGUCGUCGUCGAUGCUGCUGACCAACUACGACCCGUUCUACAGCCCCUUGCUGUCGCGGCUCGACAGCGUGUUCAAGCAGCUGGGCUACGACUCGGAGGCGUGCCGGGAGCGCCUCGUGUGCUCCAUGUACAGCAACCCGGCCAAGUUCGCCCCCUACAGCAACCUCGUGUCGGCGCAGCUCAGUCGCGAGCUGAACGAGCUGCGCAAGCCGUCCUCGGACAACCCGGAGAUCCUGCGCUUCUUCCGCUACAUGAAGGCGGCCAAGGACGGGCAGGACGGGCAGGACUGCUUCAAGCUGCACCCGGGCUGCGGCUCGGCCGACACCGCGGCCGCCGGUCCGCCCCUCGUCACCACCUUCCACGACAUCAACAAGCUGGUGCAGGCGAGGCGGCUGGCGGCGCGCUAGCGUCGGCCACAGUCUCUGGAGACUUGCUCUUUGGAUUCAUCCCCCCCCCCCCCCCCCCACACACACGAAGCCUACAACUCACGUCCCUGCAAGAAUUUCCGAAGAUUUCCGAAGUUUUGCGUGCUGGUAUUAACGCCACUUCAGCCGCUAAAUCAGAAGUUUCCAACGAAAACAAGCAUGUUGUGACUGACCUGACCUAACAUAACCUAAACACUUCGAUUUUUUUUUAAAUUUCAAUUUUUUGAGAGAAAUCCGCAAGUUGCACGAACGUGGUAGGGAACCCGAAACUACGUGAGUUGUAGGCUUCUUCCCCCCCCCCCCCCCCACACACACACACACACACGCACGUGAACAACAACACUUCCUGUGCAAUGACGUGUCAUGUGACAUUCUCAAACCAUGAUGGCAGUACAGAAGGCCCACGUAUCCUUCUGUCAAUUAGUAAACUUCACGCUGUGUACGGCCACAAUGUGAUGAUUUACAAGUUACGUUUGCUCGGGGGAUUGGUAACCACUGGCACUCCUGUUGAGUAACUUUCAAAUUUGAGAUAAGUUACAUAGCGCAGACUUUAACAAGAAGUGUGCUCUUUUGGGUGAUGUCCAUAAAACUUCAACCGUUCAACACACUUUUUUUUGUAAUGGUUAGAUAUUUACGAAUUUUGGUGUUGGGCCUCAAAAAAACAUCAGAUCUUGAACACGCGUCUUAUUUCUUUUUACACGUUCACGCCUGACAUUGGUCCCGAACUGUGCUUUAAUUUUGAAAUUCGGAAGAUGCCAGAAAAGUACAAACAAUGAAACACCAUUCUUCUGUACAGUUAUAAACGUGGAAAUAAUGUGUAGAAACCAGGAGGUAUCUAGAAGGGAGUGAUAGCUGAUAUGUGUACCUGUGAAUCAGGUACUUUCCGCGAGUGUUUGGGCUAACCUGGCCCACAUGAGCAACGAAUGAUGACCCAGACACUCGGGUAGUGCAGCAAGAUGAUCCUCCUUUCGCUUUAUCGGCUGUCUUCAAUCUUGUAAUGAACGAUAUUCUUCUGAAGAGAUAUAUAAGCGUUAGUUGUCGUUAACUGAACCCAGAUUUCAUAUACUGACCAUUGCCUACAAGGAUGUUUAUGUAUUGGCCAUUUCUAUGAGGGAUACCAAGAUCGAUUCGAUCUACUUUGGAAAUUUUUUUGGUUCUCUUUGACCUGGAACUCUCGACAGAAAAGCCCGAUUCCCUGAUAAUUGCGAUGGCAUCACAUACCGAAAAGUAGAUACUGUGUUCUGUCGGAGAAAAUAAUGGUUCAAAUGCAAUGGGAGAGAGGGAAAUUGCAAUUUCAUUGCAUUGCGAACAGUUCAAAGUAUCCUGACAUUACCUUAAAAUUGUUCACAGCCUAUUAGACGCUUUUAGGAGGUUCUGGGACGAAACAUUUCUCGUGAAUUCUAUUUAUGUUAAACAUGAACUGAUUCUUAUCAGUCAUAAGAGAUUUGUCAUAAGGAUCAAAUAUUUGUUAAGCAUAGAUGUAGGUUUAUGAUGAUUAUUUGUUCAAGACGUCAAGUGUCAUAUUCAGUUAUUUUGUUGUUGCUGAGAAUGAAGAACUUUUUGUAAGUGUUGCGGGUAGACAUUCUUUUCAAGGACAGUAAAUUUUAUUUAUUUAUUUAUUUGUAGAUGGUUGUAAGUUACAAAACUUUUUAUAAGGAAGCUUAAUUCUGAGUCAAUGAUAGGUUUUGUUUUAGGAUUUGUUUAGUAUUUUGUUUUAUUUCUGUCAUUCUAGUAAAAUAUUUUUUCCUCCCGAAAGUUUGCUUUCGCUUGUAUUUGAUUUUGUAAUGUAAUCCUUAUUUAUUGUGAUUGUAAGUUGUGUGUAUUAAAUGUUAUAAUUUAUUUAAAUGUUAAAUAUAUUCAUAUUUAUUGAA